AUGGAUCCCAUAAAUGAUUGUGAUUUUGAUAUCUAUGAGGGAGUUGAUUCAGAAGGCCUUAUUCAGAGCAACUGGAAUGAAGUAGUUGACAGCUUUGAUGAGAUGAUCCUUCAGGAAAGUCUUCUUCGUGGGAUAUAUGCCUACGGGUUUGAAAGGCCGUCUGCUAUCCAACAGCGGGCCAUCAUUCCGUGUAUCAAGGGUUAUGAUGUAAUUGCACAGGCUCAGUCUGGAACGGGCAAAACGGCAACGUUUGCUAUAGCUGUUCUGCAAAACCUGGAGACCGAUAUGAAAGAAACGCAGGCUCUGGUGUUGGCUCCUACCCGGGAACUUGCACAACAGAUACAAAAGGUGGUUCUCGCCCUUGGAGACUAUAUGGGAGCAUCGUGUCAUGCUUGUAUUGGGGGUACAAAUGUCCGCACUGAAAUGCAAAAACUUCAAGCGGAAGCACCUCACGUGGUGGUUGGUACACCCGGUCGAGUUUUUGACAUGCUCAACAGGCGUUACAUUUCCCCAAAAUUUAUCAAAAUAUUUGUCUUGGAUGAGGCUGAUGAAAUGCUGAGCAGAGGAUUCAAGGAUCAAAUCUACGAGAUAUUUCAGAAACUAAACUCAAAUAUUCAGGUUGUAUUACUGUCUGCUACCAUGCCUGCCGAGGUGUUGGAUGUCACAAAGAAGUUCAUGCGAGAACCAAUUCGAAUCCUUGUAAAGAAAGAAGAAUUGUCCUUGGAGGGUAUCAAACAGUUCUACAUCAGUGUAGAAAGAGAGGAAUGGAAACUGGACACUUUGUGUGACUUAUAUGAAACUCUGACAAUCACACAGGCAGUGAUAUUUGUGAACACAAGAAGAAAAGUGGAUUGGCUUACAGAAAAAAUGCAUGCGCGUGAUUUUACAGUUUCAGCCCUGCAUGGUGAUAUGGAUCAAAAAGAACGGGAUCUUAUUAUGAGAGAAUUCCGAUCUGGUUCCAGUCGAGUCCUCAUUACGACUGAUUUGCUGGCAAGAGGGAUUGAUGUUCAGCAAGUGUCAUUAGUCAUUAACUAUGAUCUCCCAACUAACAGAGAAACCUACAUCCAUAGAAUUGGUCGUGGAGGUCGAUUUGGAAGAAAAGGAGUUGCAAUAAAUUUUGUGACAGAGGAGGAUAAGCGCUUUCUGCAUGAUAUCGAGAUGUUCUACAACACUGCUGUUGAAGAAAUGCCAAUGAAUGUAGCUGACCUCAUAUAA